UUCUUGGUUCGCCUCUUUCCGAGAGCGGAGUGGAAGGCAAGCAAGCGAGGCGGGCGGUGGCUUGGCGCUCUGUGUGUCCGGCUUGUGGGCGUGUUCGGAGGCUGGGAGAGCGAGCGGGCGGGGAUCCUCCGCUGCCGCCUCCUGCUUCUUCCCGUGCCUUCAAGUCUCCCUCCCUCCCUCCCUCUCUCUCCGGGGCCAUGCAUCUCCUCCUGGAGGUGGAGGCGCGGCGAUGACGAGGCGGCGGCGGUGGCAGCCCCCUCGAAGGCGGCGAGGGCGGUGGGCGCUGGGCUUGGCGCUGUACACGCUCCUGGUGCUGCUCCUGGCCUCCUUCGUGGGCAGGGGCGGGAAGGGGGAGGAAGAGGAUGAGCGGGGAGGGUUGCCGCGCGUGUCCCGGGGCUGCCCGAGCCCGGAGGCGGCACUGGGCGAGUGGGGUUGGGGCCAAGACGAGGAGGAGGCGGCGGCGAGCAACGGGACGGGGAACGGGAGCCUGGCGCUGGAGCCGGCCCUCCGCCAACGCCAGCUGUACCUGCACGCGACGUGGCGGACGGGCUCGUCCUUCGUGGGCGAGCUCUUCAACCAGCACCCGGGCGUCUUCUAUUUGUACGAGCCCAUGUGGCACCUCUGGCAGGCGCUGUACCCGGGGGACGCGCGGAGCCUCCAGGGAGCCCUACGGGACAUGCUCCGCGCCCUCUUCCGCUGCGACUUCUCCGUCCUGCGCCUCUACGCGCCGCCCUCCUCCUCCUCGGCCUCGACGGCGCACAACCUGAGCACGGCGUCGCUCUUCGGCUGGCGCACCAACAAGGCCAUCUGCUCUCCACCGCUCUGCCCCGGGGCGGCGGCUCCACGCGCGUCGGUGGGGCUGGUGGACGGCGCGGCCUGCGAGCGGCUCUGCCCUCCUCGGGGCCUGCGGGAGCUGGAGGCCGAGUGCCGCAAGGCGCCGCUGGUGGUGGUGAAGGACGUGCGCCUCCUGGACCUCUCCGCCUUGGCCCCGCUUCUCCGCGACCCGGGACUCGACCUGCGCGUGGUCCAGCUCUUCCGCGACCCGCGCGCCGUCCACAACUCCCGCCUCCGCGCCAAGCGCGCCCUCCUCCGGGAGAGCCUCCAAGUCCUGCGCAGCCGCGGCGGGAUCGGCCUCGACAGGCCCCCCGCCCGGCAGCCCCCGCCGCGCGCCGAGUCGCUCCUCAGCGGGGCGCUGGAGGUCAUCUGCCAGGGCUGGCUGCGCGACCUCCGCCUCCAGCGCGCCGCCCCGCCGCCCCUCCGCGCCCGCCUGGCCCGCCUGCGCUACGAGGACCUGGUGCGCGACCCCCGCGGGCAGCUCCGCCGCCUCCUCCGCUUCGCCGGACUGCCCUCGCCGCCCGCCCUCGAGGACUUCGCCCUCGACAUGACCCGGCGGCCCUCCGGGGACGCCCCCCAAGCCCCGCCCGCGCCCUUUCUGGUCUCCGCGCGCGACGCCCGCCACGCCCUCCGCGCCUGGAAGGAGCGCCUCAGCCAAGCCCAGGUCCGGCAGGUCGAGCGCGCCUGCGCACCCGCCAUGCGGCUCCUCGGCUACCCGCUCAGCCAGCAAGAGGAGACAGGUAGGUUAAUCGACCAGCAGCAAACUUGUGACAGAGGAGAUGGAAGAGCAACCAUGCAUUGCAGAGACAUUGGAGCCCUCGGUAAAUUGCAACUACUGCAGGUUCUGCAUGGCAAAAUGACUUCUGACUAGCUUCAUGGAAAUGAAUUUCAGUGUAAAAACAACUUCCUGAAAGGAAAGUCACAUGAUACAUUGUAACUGUGGGCACUACUUGUGAUCACUUCUUCUCUCAAUUUCAUCAUGUCAGUGUAUGUUCGGUUUCACAUUCUGCUGCUGAUGAAAAGACUUAUUUUUAUUGAACAAUGGCCUGCCAUGUCAAUGGAUACACAAGAGUGGUGUUUUGAUUAGGACGUCUUAUAUUGCACUUAGAAUCAUUAGGCACACCGUACAUUUCACAGAAAGAAGACUUCAACACAAUACUUAGAUUGAGAGCCAGCAUGUUCACUAGCUUGUUCUCACUAAAUUGUUGAAAUGGCAGCAACUACUUGGUCAUUCCAACCGCAGAUCCAAUUUUAUAUAUUUUUAAAAAGUAUACUUGUCCUUCUUUCCCUCCUUAUCUUUGCCUUUCUGCUUUUCUUAUAAGUUUACAAACAAGACAGCAAAUGGGUGUUGUGAAUGAAUCAACAAGUGAAGACCACAGAUGAUCUGAAAACAAGAGAGAGAUUUUUGUUGAACGAUAUCUGUUUUCAAAAUAAAACUUUGGGCUUUAACCAAGCUGUCAAAACAGAA